CUGCAGCAGCGGCAUCUUUUGGGGGCGGGGGAAGGGGGGCAUCGCCAUGGGGCUGGAGUCGCUGCUGCUGGACGUGGCCAACUGGAGCACGAUCCUGGCUUGCGGGGUGCUCAAAGUGCCGCAGGCAGCCAACUUGCUGGCUGCUAAGUCCGCCCGGGGAGUCAGCCUGGAGAGUUUGGUGCUGGAGCUGAGUGGCUUCCUCGUAUGCCUGCGGUAUAUGAGUUACUACAAUUAUCCUCUGCUGACGUAUAUAGAAUAUCCUAUCAUCAUUGUGCAAGAUGUCAUUCUUUUGCUAUUUGUCCUUCAUUAUGGUGGCAAAAUGAAGCAUGCUUUGCCUUACACAGCCAUAUUUGUGGCAGGAUGGUACAUGCUAACCCUGCAGAAAUGGAUAGUGGACCUGGCUAUGAAUUUAAGCACUGUAAUCAGCGCUGCAAGUAAACUUGUGCAGCUUCGUUAUCUUUGGCGGACGAGAGAUUCUGGGCAAGUGAGUGCCAUGACUUGGAGUCUAGCUGUAUAUACCUGUGCAACCAGAAUAUUUACGACAGUAAUGACAACAAAGGAUGUUACAGUUCUGGUCCGUUUCAUAGUCAUGAUGGCUCUGAAUAUAUGGGUCACAGCAACUAUACUGCAAUACAGGAAGCCAGCAAAGAAGAGUGAUUAAGAUGACGUUCUGUCUAUUUUAAGUGGUCUGGAUCAAAAGGAAGAAUGAAACCAAUAUAUGAGACGGUAAAUUAGGACCAAAGUUAUCACCAAGCUUCAGUAAACCAGAAAUCCAUUUAAUGGGAAACUGCUGAUGUUUCACACACUAAAGGAAGUUGCCACUAUGAAUUCAAUAAAAGUUCUGAUGUUUGUUGGCAUGCAUA